AUAUGUUGAGUAGUGAAUCGGAUACUUUAAAUAGCACAUCAGAUACAGAUACAUUAAGUAGCACAUCAGAUUCUUUGAGUAGCUGUGACCAGUUAACAAUUAUAGAAAAAAUAGAACUACAAUCAGAAGUAAGAACAGAAUCUACACAAACUAUAGUAGAUAGUGGAAUUGAUUUUCAGGCACUGCCCGGAGAGUACGGCCCAUAUUUUAAAAACUUCACGGAGAUAUCAUUUUUUACUUGGGUCACUAAGCAUAUGAUCAUACCAAUCCAGAACAUGAAGACACUAUCAAUAUCCACACCAUUCAAGAAUUCCUACACUAUAUCAAUAAGCGAGUAUAUUAGAAGAAUCUUGGGUAAUAAAAGUUUACAAUCGCAGAUGUAUUUUGGGCCUGGGAUCGAAGCCGAAACAAAAUCUGA